AUGUGUAUAUUGUGGUUGGUUGCUGCUAAAUUUGCGAUUAAAAAAAUGCGCGGAUUUUUGUCUCUAACACUUCUAUCGGUGUCACUUACCGUUAUUGGGGCAACGACAAAACUCGAUGAACGUUACACAUGGACCGAGUUAGAUUGGCAGUUCCCGAAUGAAAUGAUGAAAAUGCAGGCUCUCGCGAGCGGAACAUAUAUUCCACGUAACGGAUUGCCGGUUGGCGUCGAACGUUCAGAUACUCGACUUUUCGUGACGGUGCCUCGUUGGCGCGAUGGAAUCCCAGCUACUCUUAACUACAUCGACAUGGAUAAGAAUCCGGCGGGACAUAACAUUCCCCUGAUUCCGUAUCAGAACAACGUUGCGGGCGAUUGCGCCAAUGGACUGACAACUGUCUACCGUAUUAAAGCUGACAAGUGUGGUAGAUUGUGGGUGCUUGACACAGGCACCAUUGGUAUUGGAAAUACGACGGAGAAUGUUUGUCCGUAUGCGAUUAAUGUAUUUGAUUUGCAAACAAAUCGGAGACUUCGGCGUUACGAGUUGCGACCAGAAGACACAAAUGCAAAUACUUUUAUUGCAAAUACGGCAAUUGAUAUUGGUGCAAAUUGCGAAGAUACGUUCGCUUACUUUUCCGAUGAACUUGGAUAUGGUUUGAUCGCCUAUUCUUGGGAGCAGAAUAAAUCUUGGCGAUUUGAACAUAGCUUCUUCUUCCCUGAUCCAUUACGAGGAGACUUCAACAUCGCCGGUUUGAACUUCCAAUGGGGUGAAGAAGGUAUUUUCGGCAUGGCUUUGUCCCCUAUGUUAAAAGACGGAUUCCGCGUUCUUUACUUUAGCCCAUUGGCAAGUCAUCGUGAAUUUGCUGUCAGUACUCGUAUUUUGCGUAACGAAACGAAAGUCGAAGAUGGUUAUCAUGACUUUGUCUAUUUGCCCGAAAGAGCUGAAGAUGGGCACACAACUUCUCGUGUCAUGAACGACGAAGGUUUACAACUUUUCAACUUGAUAGAUCAAAAUGCGGUUGGUUGUUGGCAUUCAAGUCUCCCGUAUGCUCCUGAAAAUCACGAUAUCAUCGAUAAAGACGAUGUUACUCUUGUUUUCCCAAGUGACGUGAAAAUUGACGAAACAAGUACUGUUUGGGUUAUGUCAGAUCGUAUGCCUGUCUUCUUGAUCGCUGAACUCGAUUAUACCGACAUUAACUUCCGUAUUUUCUCGGGAUCGUUACAGUCGUUGGUUGAAGGCACUGUUUGUGACACAACUCCGAAAUAUUUGGGAAAACAUAUUCCAACUAUCCCAAUUUACACGAAAGUUAGUCCUUCGUCUCAUAUUUUCAAUGCACAAAAACAAACAAUUCCAAAAGCAUAUGCGUUCAAUGAGCAUAACGGCGUCACUUUUGAAGCAAAUCAUCAUUACACUCCAUCCGCAUUGUCAUAUUUGAAGGAGUUCAAACAAUUCCAUGGACUCGGGGAUUACUCAAAGCCCAGUUGGUAUAAAAGUAACCAACAAUAA